AUGGCAGAGCCACCUGCAAAGCGUGCUCGUCGAGUUGGCAGCUCAGCCAUGUGGGAUUCAAAUGAUAAGAGGCCUCGUGCACCCGAGCAAGCAUCAGACCGCGGCCGCGUACGCUCACCAGCCCUCAGAGAGGACAAACGCGACGGCCGGUAUCGCUCUCGCUCACGAGAACGUAAUGACGGAAGGCGAGAACGGAGCUGGUCUCGAGAUCGUCGCGACCGGGACCGAAGAGAUGGAGAUAAGGAUGGGCGUGGGGCUCCGGACCGGAAGAGGAGCAUUAGUCGGGAGCGCAAUUACGAUAGACGAGGGCCUGCACCGAAAAAUGUGAAGUUCCGGGCACCUUCACGCUCUCGAUCCCCGCAUCGCAAUGGCACGAAGGCUCGGUCACCACCUCGAGGACCAAGGGGCGACCGUCAAGGUGACCGCAAAGAUCCCCGAUCACGAGAUGGCGGACGGAAGACAGCUGGCGCACAAUCAGGACCGGGCCCCUCCGAGGACGCAAUGGAUCUUGAUUUCAAAGAAGAUGCAGACGAGGACGAAAUGGAAGCGCUUAUGCGAAAGGCCAUGGGCUUCACCAGAUUCCGGACUACGAAGAACUCCAAAAUUCCCGGAAAUCAGAUCUACGCUGUGCGGAAGGAGAAGAAGAUCGAGUACCGACAGUACAUGAAUCGCCAAGGUGGCUUCAACAGGCCUCUCAGUCCCUCACGAUGA